AGAAGGAGGGGAUUUCGGUUGAAGACAGUUUCCCUAAACAUUGCAAGUCAUGGCUGCAUCCAUUGAGAGUUUACUGGAUGAAAUUGCCGGUGUUGAAGACCCUAUUGAAGAGCUACAGAGUCUAAAAACAGCCUUAUUAUCCAUCCCUCUCAGCGCUUUGAGAGACUCACUGAGCGGACAGCGUUUCAAUGUGAUAUUCUCUCUUUUAAACUCAAAUGAAAGGGAACAGGUUGAGCUGUGUGUGGAAAUCCUUGAACGCAUCUUACUGGCUCUCAGCCCCAUGUCCCUGGCCCAGAACUACAGACUGGAGCUGCAGGGCGGUCUCACCCAUCCUAAUGAAGCGGUCAAGAUUCUGGCCUUGACACAGAUUGGUAGAAUAGUGGAGCAACCCGACACUCUGACUGAAAUCCUCAACAACCAUGACAUCCUUCAAGGGGUGAUUCAAUGCAUUGGAGAAGAGAAAAUGGCUGUGGCGAAGCAGGCCAUCAAGGCUUUGUCUAAGCUGAGUCACUCCAAGCUCGGUUUAGACAAAUUGUUCCAGAGCGACCUGCUGAAAGUAAUGAAGGAUGUGAUGGCCACAAGUGACAUUGUCAGAUACAGAAUAUAUGAGCUGGUGGUGGAAAUCUCGUCGGCAUCUCCCAUUUCCCUCGGUUACUGUGCCAACAGCAGCUUCAUUUCUCAGCUGCUUGGAGAACUGACAGGCGAUGAUGUCUUGAUUAGAGCCACAGCCAUUGAGAUGGUGACCACUCUAGCCCACAGCCAGCAUGGCCGGCAGUAUUUGGCCCAGCAGGGUAUAAUGGACAAGAUCUCCAACAUGAUCAGAGGAGCAGAGACUGACCCAUUCUCCUCACUCUACAUUCCUGGUUUGGUGAAGUUCUUUGGAAACCUGGCCAUUAUGGACAGCCCACAGCAGGUCUGUGAAACCUACCCAGCCUUCCAGAACAAGGUGUUUGAGAUGGCUCUAGACUCGGACCCUGCAAUGAUCGGUGUGGCUCUGGACACUUUGGGGUUACUUGGAUCCACUGUGGAGGGGAAGCAGGUCCUUCAGAAAACAGGGGAAAAUUUCAAGGCUGUGUUGUUAAGAAUGAGCCAGCUCGCCAGCUCUGGAGCUACAGAGCUCAGGGUUCGCAGCUUGGACGCCAUAUCACAACUUCUCACUCUACAGCCAGAGCAGCAGACAGAAGACCUCUUGGCCCUGACAGAGUCCUGGUUCCGCCUUUUGUCUAACCAGCCCAUGGACAUGAUUCGCAACAUUAGCACUCAGCCGUUCCCAGAGCUGCACUGUGGGGCACUGCGGAUAUUCAGCGCCAUUGCCACUCAGCCAUGGGGUCAGAAGUUAAUGAUCAGCACUCCCAGUUUCAUGGAGUUUGUUCUGGAUCGUUCAACGGGUCAGACAAAGGAGGCCAAAGAUGCCAAGUUUGAACUAGUGGGGUCGCUUGUGUGCUCAUCAACAGCAGCAGAGAUACUGGGCAGCCAGCACUACAUCCGUCUGAAGACUUAUCUCAGAGAGGGACCUUACUAUGUUUCAGCGGUGGCCUCAGUCAGCACGGAAGGAGCAGACUGAUUCAAACACACUCUGACACAAUUCACCGUUUUCAAAUUAAUGUUAAGUAAUUGGUAAGUGCCUGAAUAAUCUGACUGUGGGAUAACAUAUUAUACUCUGCUAUAAUAAACUCAUUUUCUGAAAAAUACAUGAAGACUUCUAACAGGAGGGGGUGUUACCAAGUUCAGUUGAUGAAAACUUCCUUAAUUUUAAAUUGUAUACAACAUUUAAAAACAAAUUAUUACAAAUUAUUAAUUAAUCCUAAUAUCUUGCUUUGCCCUCAGCUGCUCUUUGUUUCGGUUGUCUACACACAUUAAUAUAUUUAUCAGGCUUUUCUGAUAGGACGUUAACAUUACAUAUGGCAUCGUCUUCAGUCAUUUUUCUUCAUGAGAAAAUCUAACGUUGUAAAUACAAGUAUCCUUUAACUAAGAGGAGGGAAUGAAAGUAAGUUUACAAAUGUAAUUCUACCUAAUUUUAAAACAGUGUUCAGUAAAAGAUCGAAAUGUGAGACAUUAUAGGGAGAAAGUCCCCUCAAAUCUGUUUUUUAUGAGUGGUAUAUUAAAGGGACUGUUAAAGUUUAUUUGUCAUAAGGACACCUCCUUUGAAAACAGCUGUAUAAUAUCAUCAGGGUUAUUUUGGGUUUCUGGGGGGAAUUUUGAAAGACCAGUAGAUUCUAAUAAAAGAUUGCUAUUGAGGGAAGUGCAUUUUUUGUUAUUGGAGCUUCACUCACAUUAGAGGCUAAAAGUUUGGAUAUCUUGGAAUAUGUUGCUUUGAUUUUCGCAAGCAAGUAUCUCGCUGUUAUAGAAAUGCAACACUAUAUUGUUGGAGUCUCCCUUUAACAGUUGGAGCGCCCUAAAAGUUAUUGCAACACUCACACAUAAACAUGAAUCACUAAUAAAUGUGUGCUGGAAGUCCACACAUACACAUCAACCGUGAUGCCAUAAUUGCACAAGAACACUCACCAUUAUAUUAAUGGAUAACAGUGUGUAUCACUAUAUCUCCACGUCAUCUGACAACAAAUCAGCACAGCCCACGUGGUGUAAUGUUAACUCAUGCUUACUGAGUAUUUACCAAUUAAGUAAACAGUAAUUACAAGAUUCCCUCAAAUGUUCAUCAUCCUGGCACUUAUACAAACUCACACCAUCAUAUCUUUCAAAUCAAACUGGACGCAGGAAUGCUACCUGAUCAAUCAGAUCACCGCUCUCCAGAUCUUUCAGACAUUGAUUUAAUUUGUGUCAAAAUGUCUUUUUUUCUAAAUAUACUGUUUUUUUGUAAUUAAAGAAGAUGCGGUCUGACAACAGAUGUGUUUGUUGGUUCAUGUUUUCCCCGAGGGUCAGAGCAAAAUACAAUCAGAAAAUCUUGAAAUGCCAAACAGGGAACACGUAAGCUGUAAUCUCAUACAUCUGUCAGAUAAUUUUGGGAUCUUCCAAUGACAAAUGGAACCUGAGAGGUUCACUGGAAGCUACAGUGUCCUGUGAGGACCAAAAUAU